AUGGCCGAGCCCGCUGUUGUCGCGGCCCAGGUCAACGGCGUCGCUCCAUUGUCGCGUCCAGACUCGCCCGCUUCAAUCAAUUCCUCCACCAAGCGGAAGCGCGAAUCGAGCGACGACAACGACCCGGAUCUCAACCGCGCCGACCCGCCCAAGGUGCCCGUUAACGGCGUGCACACUUCCCAGGACCGCAAAUCGCUCGUCCGCGAUUUCUUUGAUGUUUUGCAGAGUCACGACACCACCGCCCCAUCGGUUCUCAAACGCCCUCUUCCAGACUCGCUCGUCGAUGGCGAACCGUCUCCCAAGCGGGCAAAGUCGGAAGAUGGCAAGCCCGUUACCAUUGCAGACAAGGUGACGCAGGGCACAUAUGAGGCGCUGGAUGACUUCGUCUCCGAUAUCGUCCAAACUGCGAACGCACAAGUCAAGGAACUUGGCGCUGCAUCUACGCCAAACGAUGCCAGCACCGUCACCAAGACGAUCGCAUUCAGAACGAAGGCCUUGGACCUCUACAGACAGGAGCUUUCGUAUCCCAACGUGCCGCGAUCGACUCUCGCGAAACCGUCUCCCAGGGAGCUGCAAUCAUCAAACCCGGACACCCUAGUCCUCACAACCAUCGGGGCUGCCCCAACAGCGCGGCCCCUUUUCACCAGCCUGCGGCGAAAUGCUGCCAAGUCUCUUGCCGGAGCCCCCCUGCCCAGGGGUGUUACCGUCACCAACGUCUCUUCCGAGGCUCCCCCGUCGGGCGAAAAGAAUGGCCGCCCACUUACGCUCGGAGAGUUGUUCCCCUCACCCCGGAACCUCCCUCCCCUACAACCACCAAAGGCCCCCAAGACGGCCACGAAAAGCAAUGUUUUGACUUUUUACCACCCCGAGCUGGCCGAAAAGUCCAAGUACCGGUCCGGGAGUUACUUCUCUUCAAACGUCUCGACAGGUCACUGGUUGGACUACAGCAAUGCCACCCCGACAACCCACGCCAAGACAAAGCAGAGAGAGCGGGCUCAGAGCUUGGCAGGCAUCAAGCCGUCUAGCACCGAACUCGAAAUGUCCGAGAUGGAGGCACUCUUCCGGGGGGCUUUCUCCACAUUUGCACCCUGCCAGGACGACUCGGGCGCCAUUGUCCCGUCCGGCCAGGUUGGCCGCAUCUGGUGGCAGCGCGUCGGCCGGCGAAACUUCACGAAACUCGCCGAGGCAGAAGAGCCGGAAGAGGAGACGGAGGACGGCGCGGCUGCGGACUCUGCAGUUGCCAUAGAAAUCGACGAGGACCGCGUCAAGGACGCCAUUGAGAACUGGGAUGAAACCGCGGUCGACCCGAACCUGGAUUAUGCCCUGGGCAAGAAAUCCGACGAGGAGAAGGAGGUGGACGAUCUGCUUGAGGAGGUCUCUGAUCUGAUCGAGACGCUUGCGUCCUACCAACGCAACCGAAACCUUACGCUACCAACUAGCCAAGACCGUUACUCGGCCGAUCCGGUCAAUGCGGAUAUGCUCCGUAACGGCAGCCUCUCACACCAGCCAAGCGAAGAGGAAAUGACGACGUACGAGGCGUUGAAGGCCCAGCUGUCGCUGAUCAUACAAAACCUGCCCCCGUACGCAGUGGCCCGCCUCAACUCCGAUAAGCUUGCGGAGCUAGCCGUGAGCACCAAGAUUGAGAUUCGCUCGGACGAGUAUCGCGGGGUCAUGGAGGAUGACGAGCCCGCUCGGCUGGCCCGCUUGGCUGCACAGGCCGCAGCCACGUCAAACCAGCGCCAAGGUCAGAGAGCACCGAGCGUUUCCGGGCCAUACGCCAAUCACCAGUACCAGUCGCAAUUCACGCCGUCGGUCCGUCCCGUCGGCACUGCGCAACACUUCCCGCAGACCCCCGUCCGCCCGCAGGGGCAGAACAUGUACCCGCGGGCGCCCUCCAGUGUUCCGAUUCCGCAACCCCACCAACAAGUGCAGCCCCGGCCCGCGCCCGGAACACAGUUCAGACCGAUGUAUGCACCGCAGCUGGCCAAGGCUCAGGGCCCAUACGGCCAUUCCAAUAUACCGCAUCAAUUUGCUGGGACCCCAUCGCAGCAGCCACGGAUGCAACAACAACAGCACGCCAACUAUAACAUGGGGCAAGCCAACACUCCUAACCAUCGAUUUCCCCAGGCCUACCCCGCCGGCUACCAACAACACCAGCAACACCAACAGCACCAACAACACCAACAACAACACCAACAAAUCCAGCCACACCCCCAGCAUGGUCAGCCUUCCCCACUGCCACAACAUCCUCCGCACCAGCCACCCAUGGCUCACGCCCAGCAACAACCCUACUCGCCGUACACGAACGGGGGGCAGAUGCCAAGGACGAUAACGCCACAAGUUCAACAGGCCCACCAAUACAGCCAGUCGCCGACGCCACCCCAACAGCAUCAACAGAUGGCCCGUCCUCCUUACGGGAGUCCAGGGCCGGGAAUGCCGCCGAACGCAGUCCCUCGCCAGUAUCCGGCCGGCUCACCCGGUCCGGGCAUGAUGCAAGGUGGCGGUGGAGGGGGAGGAGGCGGGAAUAGACCGCCCUCCAAUCUCACGGGCUUCGCUACGGUCAUGCCCGAAGUGCAACAGCGACAGGUCAUGGAACAGGCCCGCGCCCGCGCCGACGCGGAACAACGGGCCAGCGGCCACAUGGGCAAGGUCACGCAGGGCGAGGUCGUCGGCCUCGCGGGCAUUGGGCUGGCGGGUCACAUGGACGUCCACAAGGUCGCCGCGGCCAAGAUGCAGAUGGGCAACCAUAACAAUAACGGCAACGGCAACAACGGCCACAGCGUAUCGCCCAGUCCCAAGGUCGCGGCCAUGCAGGGCGGGAUGAACGGCGGCGGUGUUCCUGCUGCGGGCGGUGCGCCGCCGUCAGCGACGGAUAGUCCCCGACCGAUCCAGGCUGCCCCGGUGUCGGCGGCGGCGAGUCCCGCGCCGUAG